AUCUGGAAAAUUGAAGCUUUGGAGAAGAAAUGAGCUACUGGGUCAGUUUCGACUGAAAUCGAAAUAAGGAAUUCAGAUGGUUAAUGGAUGUGGAUUUCUGCGUUUUUGGAGUGUUGGAGGAGAGGAAGCUGCUGGGUUAAUUUCAGUUGAAACUGGAAAAGGUGUUUACAUGAUUGUUGAUGGUGAAUUGCAGUAAUUGGAAUUAACUUCCAAAUCUGGUAAAGAAGAAUCCUUCCUCACCCAAAACCUCUCUCUCUAAUCCUUCACCAUGAGCAGGUCAGGUCAGCCCCCGGAUCUGAAGUACAUGGACAAGAAGCUUCAAAUCAAGCUAAAUGCAAACCGAAUGAUUGUUGGAACCUUGCGUGGAUUUGACCAGUUCAUGAAUAUGGUGGUUGAUAACACUGUAGAAGUGAAUGGUGAUGAAAAGACUGACAUGGGCAUGGUGGUGAUCAGAGGAAACAGUGUGGUUACUGUUGAAGCACUUGAACCUGUGGCCAAAAUGCAGUAGUUUUUGUUUUAAAAAAAUUUAUCUGGAUGUAGGAUGCAAAGGGAAACUCUGUAACUUUGUUAUGAUGGUGAGGUGAAUUCUAUAUCACCCUUGCCACCAAGCAGAUUGUGAUGAAUGUAAUUCUGUCGUUCUA